AUGAAUCAAACGAUACCCAGGUUUCAAAUUCCCGCAGCCACCACCUUCAAGCCAAAGGUGGUUAAGGUGGAUGACUACAGUAAGCUCACUAAGGAGGGCGAACGCCUGCUCUCCUUCUAUCCGCACUACGUUGAGGUCGCCAAGACUAAGAAGGGCAAACAGGAUGUGAAACGUCUUAUUCGUCUCUCGGACGUAACGGAGGUGAAAACGGAUGCGCAGCAUCCGAACCUACUGCGAGUGUUUGUCAAUAACAAGGGCAAAAAUGAGUGUCACCAGAUGCUGAUCUCCAACAGGACUGACCUCCUGACUGCUAGAGCCUACUUUGACAAGGAUGCCUCCUCUGGAUCAGUAGUCAGUCCUUUUCCGUCCGAAGCAGUUCCAUCAGUGCGUCCACCAUCACAGGCGGCGUCGGUAAAGUCAAGCUCGAAGAGACCGGCCUCAUCCGUCCUGAAGAAACCCCCCAAAGGACGUGAUUCAGCAGCUUCUGGCAAUCUGGACAGCUACGAGCCGAGGUAUGAGCCGAAAAAUAAAGCCUUUAGUGUAUCAACCGUGCGGUAUGAUGAGCAGACUCUGGGUAUGAGUGCUGGUCCCAAACCCUCAAUUAGAAUGUCCGAAGUGGAGGAAGUUUCGAACGCAGAAACCGCAUCCUACGCGGGUCACCGGCAAAGUACUCUAAAGCCGCCAUCCUAUGCCUACUAUGGGGACACUGGCAGCACUGGGGAGUGGCUCGAAGAAGGAGACGCCUUCAUUAAUGCAUCGGACAAUGAAACGGACAUGUUCAGUCACAACAGUCGAUCACACGGACGACCAUUUCACCACCGAAAACGUGUAAAGGGAUCGCCCCAGGACGGCGAUUCUGUCCGCCAGGGUUCUAUUAUGUUCACUGAGGAAGAUUACAGACACCUGCUGCUCACUCCGGUGGACAGUCAGGACGACAGCGAAACCUACGUGGAAGCCUGCUCAACCUGCUAUGGGGACGAUUCUGAGGACACUGUGGUUGAGAUGACGAGACGGCCAAGAUCCCUGCCCUAUUACUGUCCAUUUCUUCCUAUCCGGACAGAGGAGAGCAGCUGCUGGUGA